AGCAGCAGCAGCAGCAGCAGCAGCAGCAGCGGCUCAGGGAGUAGUACCAGACCACUGUGUUGUGCAGGAACAGGCACGACAUAGCUGAAAACCGCUAGCGGAACAAAUGAAAACGAAAACUCUUCUUUCAUGUGGAUUAAUCCAGGGGCGAGACGUUCAGUCGAAGCGAGAAGAUCUUUAAGCUAAACUGGGACGAUUGACGAGGAUUGGGACAUUGGCUACUGUACGAUAACACCGCCGAAUGGUUUCUGUUGCCCCGCCGCUAAGGUUACUGGCUAAAUGAAACAGCCGAUAAUGUGCAGCAACUGCACCACAGCCACACCCACUUCCAGUCUGUAGAGGAAGCGGCUGUGCCAGCAUGUCCUCUCAUCCCCAGUCUGUGCCGCCGGGCCGGAGGACUGUGGACACACGGCACCUGCCAAACCCUGCCACUCUACCACUGCAGCUGCAACGGGCACACACGGAAGUGGGACUGGUUGACUACCACUCUCAUCAUGCCAGGGACUAUAGCUCCCACCUGGCCCAGCCCCAUCGCCGUCGGCCCUCUUUACUUUCAGAGUUCCAGCCUGGGAAUGAAAGGGGACAAGAGCAGCAUAUCCGCUACGAGCACAUCUACCUACAAGAGCCUGCCAGCCAAUCAGAGGUGGAUUAUGCAGAGAUCAAACGGCCCCGGUUAGAGAUGGGACCAGAGUCUCUGAUGAGGCCUUCACCCCACCGGCCACCAUUGACUCUGGGAGGAGCUGAGGAUAUGACAAAGGAGCGUGGAAGUGGAAUGGGAAAGCUGGAGCCCAUCUCUCCUGUGAGCCCAGUCCACAUGGACCCCGACUUGGAUCUGGUGCCAGCUCGCUUCUCCAAGGAAGAGCUGAUCCAGAACAUGGACCGUGUGGACAGGGAGAUCACCAUGGUGGAGCAGCAGAUUUGCAAGCUUCGCAAAAAACAGCAACAGUUGGAGGAGGAGGCUGCAAAGCCCCAUGAGCCAGAGCAGCCCAUCUCACCGCCACCCAGUGAGGCCAAGCACCGCAGCCUGGUGCAGAUCAUCUACGAUGAGAACAGGAAAAAGGCAGAAGAGGCUCACAGGAUACUGGAGGGACUGGGACCCAGGGUAGAACUGCCUCUGUACAACCAGCCUUCUGAUACCAAACAGUACCAUGAGAACAUCAAAAUAAACCAGGCGAUGAGGAAGAAGCUCAUCUUAUACUUCAAGAGGAGAAAUCAUGCUCGUAAGCAGUGGGAACAGAAGUUUUGCCAGCGCUAUGACCAGCUAAUGGAAGCCUGGGAGAAGAAGGUGGAGCGCAUUGAAAACAACCCGCGGCGUAGAGCCAAGGAGAGCAAGGUGCGGGAGUACUACGAGAAACAGUUCCCAGAGAUCCGCAAGCAAAGAGAGCUGCAGGAGCGAAUGCAGAGCCGUGUUGGGCAGCGAGGAGGUGGGCUGACCUCAUCUGCAGCUCGCAGUGAGCAUGAAGUCUCAGAAAUCAUUGAUGGGAUAUCAGAGCACGAGAACACAGAGAAGCAAAUGCGACAGCUGGCGGUCAUCCCACCUAUGCUGUUUGAUGCUGAGCAGCAGCGCAUCAAGUUUAUCAACAUGAAUGGAUUGAUGGAUGACCCCAUGAAGGUGUACAAGGACCGGCAGGUUAUGAAUAUGUGGAGCGAGCAGGAGAAGGACACUUUCAGAGAGAAGUUCAUUCAGCACCCCAAAAACUUUGGUCUGAUUGCAUCGUUUCUGGAGCGAAAGACGGUGGCAGAGUGUGUCCUCUUUUACUACCUGACCAAAAAGAAUGAAAACUAUAAGAACAUAGUGCGAAGGAACUACCGACGUCGAGGAAGAAGCCAGCACGGCCAGCAGCAGCAACAGCAGCAACAAGUGAACCGCAGCAGCCAGGAAGACAAAGAGAAGGAAGAGAAAGAGAAGGAAGGAGAGCGGGAUGAAGAAAAAAAUGAAGCUGAAGACAAGGAAGAUGGAAUGAAGGACGACACCUCUGGAGAAGAUGCAGAGGACAAAGAGCCUGCUGUUGCUUUCAAGGGUCGACGCACAGCCAAUAGCCAGGGACGCCGCAAAGGCCGUAUCACCCGCUCCAUGACCAGUGAAGUGGAGGAGACCACCACACCGCCACUCAACAAUGAACUUGCCAAUCUGGAGAUGAAUGAGAGCUCUCGCUGGACUGAAGAAGAGAUGGAAACUGCCAAGAAAGGCCUUCUUCAGUAUGGUAGGAAUUGGUCCGCCAUCGCCAAGAUGGUGGGAUCAAAAACCGUGUCACAGUGCAAAAACUUCUACUUCAACUACAAAAAGAGGCAGAAACUGGAUGAGAUUCUGCAGCAGCAUAAAAUGAAAUCGUGUGUGCUUCUUUUGACCCAGGAGAAGGAGCGAAAGGCCCGUCGUAGGGGCAAAGCCCUGCAGAAUGAGGAGACCAGUGCCCCGUAUGCAGCAGAGGAGGAAGAGAUGGAGGGAUCAGGAGCCAGCUGCAAUGAAGAGGAAGCCCCCGAGGAUGGAGAAGGUGGAGCCAACAACAGCUCUGACACAGAGAGCUUGCCCUCGCCUCACUCAUCUGAGGACAGCAAGGCUAAAGAGGAAGGCUCCAGCAGGUCCAAGGGCAGCUCCAGCACCGGGGACAAGGAGGAGGCCCGGUCGGACAUGGGCCAGGCAGAGGAGGAGAAGCCUCAAGUCAAGGAGGAUGCAGACUCAGCCAUCAAGCAGGAGAUAAAGACUGAGACAGGGGAGCCCAACAAAGAGCAGCUGCAGCCAACACCACCCAGCGAUGCCACAGAUAAAAAACCUCCUACAGCAGAGACAGAGGAAGUCAAAAGCUCCACCAAAAGCUCCAAAAAGGAUCAUGUAUCCAAAACAGGCUCACACGGGGACAGUGACUCUAGUGCCACUUGCAGCGCUGAUGAGGUGGAGGAGACAGACAACACAGAUAAGAGCAGAAUGACUUCACCACGGCCAAGCCUGCUGAACUACACUCACGAUGGGGUCAUAUCAUCCCCACUACAGAAGCCCAUGGAUCUAAAACAGCUCAAACAAAGGGCUGCUGCUAUACCGCCUAUUAUGCCAGAGGCCUCUGUGCAGGGCAGCCAGCGGAGUGGGGCUGGGAAGGCAGUGCUGCCUCCCCAUGCCCUGGCACUCUACCAGCAACAGAUCACUAUGGCUCAUGGGGAGUCCUCUCAGGAGGUCAAACAGCAGCAGCAACUUUCAGGCCAGCCAGGCAAACAGCAGCCUUAUACCCCACAGGCGGACAGAGACAGGGAGGCUCUUCACAGCAGCAGCCCCCGUGUUCGUCCACGCAGCCCCUCCACCAGUGAAAAGGAUGAACUGGAAGGCAACGAGAGGUGGUUACUGACCCUCCUGCAGGGAUUAAAAAAGUCCCAAGCAUUCUCUCCCCAUGGAGAAGCCAAGAAGCAGGCGCUGGGCCCUGAUGACCUGAGGACUUCCAGCUUGGGUCGCCCAGUUCUCUCCCCCUACCCCAUGUCCCCGCGAGACAUGGCCAAGAUCAGUCACGACCAACACCUGCUCCACUUCAACUCGUUCCCACAAGCAGGCCACCCCUCGCUAUCCAACCUGCCACAGGACAGUGGUAGACUAGCAGCAGUGAGACCCCUCACCAUGCCAGAGCCUCCACCUCUCAUUUCCUCCACCAAGCCAGGAGGCUCUAUCACACAGGGCACCCCAGUGCAGCUGCACAGUCCUGCUCAUGGGUUGGACCAUGGGAAGAUGCCCCACACACAGAUGGGGUUACCUUGGAUGGAUCAAAGGAAAGUUGGUACUUUCCCAGUGGUAAAGCAGGAGCAGCUGUCCCCUCACAGCUCGUCCUCCCAAGCUGAUAACCUGUCAACCCAGGGAGCACCUCAUGACAGUGGUACUGGACGUGCUUCUAUUCCAGCCGUCCAGGGGGGCAGUAUCACUAAGGGUAUCCCAGGGACCAGAAUGCAUCCAGAUUCCUCAAUAUCCUACCGAGGGGGCUCCAUUAUUCAGGGGACGCCUGCUGAUGUGCUCUAUAAGGGAACCAUAACACGUCUAAUCACAGAGGACAGCGCCAGCCGAGCUGAGAGGGAGCGUGAUGAGCCACUGUCUAAAGGGCUUGUGCUCUAUGAAGGCAUCAGUGGGCACGUUCUCACAUAUGACCGCUCAGCAUCUCAGACCCCCAAAGAAGAGGGCCGAGGCCCAGGGCAGUCUGGGGACAUUCUGGGCUUGAAACGUCCUUAUGAUGUCAUGGAGGGAGGCAUCUCUAGAGGACUGCCUAUGAGGGACUCGCUGUCUGCAGCCAACUGUGAAGGUCUGAUUGGUCGCGCCAUGCCUCAUGAUAGGGACAGUCCGCACCACACAUCCUACAAGGAUGCUCAUCACAUCCGAGGUUCUGGUUCCAUCUCACAAGGUAUACCUCGUCAUCUUGACCCUCAGGAUGGCUACCUGAGAAGAGAAGCAAAGCAGAUGAAAAGAGAAGCUUCACCAACCCGUGUGCCUGGUUCACUUUCUGACCCGAUGAAGGGCAGAGAGGCCAUUGUGCCCACAGUAAAGGAGGCUGGACGUUCGAUCCACCUCAUUCCCAGGGAAGAGCUUAGGCAGCCUGCCAAGGAGGGCAUCAUAGCACAGGGAACACCCAUGAAGCAGGAGGCGCCUGGUUCAGGGAAACGUCAUGAUGUCCGCUCCAUCAUAGCCAGCUCACCACGUUCCUACCACAAUACACCCCCCCACCUGGAGAUGCGCGCUGAGAGGGGCCGAUAUGAGGAGGCGCCUAAGGGGCGACCCAGUGCAGUGGUCAGUACGGCUAGCUCUAUAGCCCGCUCUUCCCCCCUUACACUGGGGUCAGAGCAAGGAGGCAAAGCCCAUCAUAGCCCAGUGGGCUACGACGAUAAAGGCGCCUUAAGGAACCCUUACCCUGGGCCCUCACAUCGCGGCUCCCCUCUGUCCAGGGAGUCGAGCCAAAGGCAGCAUGAGGGUUCCAGUAAGAAUCCGCCUCAGGAGCGUAAAGCCACACCGACCCCCAGGGAGAUGAGUGCCACCAAAUCACCACUCUCUGGUGUUGCAGAUCAACAGACCUAUGAGCGUCUGCUGCAGGGUCUAGGAGCUACAGAUGUGUACCGACAAAUCCCCUUAGCCUUUGAUCCUGCAGCGCUGCCCCGUGGCAUCCCCAUCGAACCAGCAUACUACUUGCCUCGCCACCUAGCCCCCAACCCGGCCUACCCUCAUCCCUACCCCUACCUCAUCCGUGGCUUUCCUGACACUGCGGCCCUGGAGAACCGCCAGACGCUGUUCAAUGACUACAUCACCUCACAGCAGAUGCACCAGUGGCCUGCAGCUGCCGCCAUGGCUGCCCAGCGUUCCGACCUCCUGAGGGGCCUUCCUUCACGAGACCAGCCUCUUCCUCUGCCCUACUCUGCAGCCCCUCGUGGGAUCAUCGAUCUUUCUCAGGUGCCACACUUACCUGUCCUGGUCCCUCCCUCUGCAGGGACAGCUGGCUCCCCAAUGGAUCGCAUCACCUACAUCCCUGGGACAAGCACCACCUUCCCUGGCAGGCCUUACACCACCUCCCCCAUCUCACCUGUCGGCUCCUCACACAUUAACAAAAUGCAAGGCGCACCCUCUUCUUCAGAACGCGAGCGGGAAAGAGACCGUGAACGCGACAGGGAGCGUGACAGGGAGCGGGAGCGUGACAGGGAGCGGGAGAGAGAGAGGGAGCGUGAACGGGACCGGGAGAGAGAUCGAGAUCGAGAACGGGAACGAGAGAGAGAUCGUGAAAGGGAAAGGGACCGGGACAGAGAGAGAGACAGAGACCGAGAGCGUGACAGAGAGAAAGGCGGGUCUCUUGGAAAUGUGGAGCACGCCCCCAUAUGGCGACCAGGUACAGAGCACAGCUUGGCAAGCAGUAGCAGCAGCAGCAGUGUGAGACCUUCUUCCCAGCCAUACAGCCACCAGCACUCCCCAGUGUCACCUCGUACCCAGGAGAACGUGCAGCAGAGGCCAAGUGUCCUGCACAACACUGGGGGCAAAAGUAUUUCUGUCAAUGAACACUCCAGCUCAUCUGUGUUACGGUCCAUGCCCUCAGGCUCAUCCCGCUACCAAGGUUACCCCAGCCACCUCCAAAGGACAGGUGUGCCCCCUGAGGCCUACCCACCUGCCAUGGACUCAAGUGUAGCCAAAGAGCAGAGUCGCGAUGGAGGCAAAAACAGGGGAGGUCUACCUAAACACGUGCAGGACCAGCAUGGGCCCUCCAGUAAAUCUGACCCCAAGCUGUCCAGCCCCAGCCCAGGAGGAAUAUACCCAGGUUCUUAUCCCUCGGCUUCAGGCCGUCCCCAGCACCUGCUGCCUCCCCAGCCGGAUAACCCUCCUGGCCGUGGAGAAAGCGGUACACCUAGUAGGGAAAAGACUCAAAACAAACCGAUGUCCAUUCAGGAACAAGAGCUCCGAGCACUCGCUCCGCCACACGGUCUCUACCGCCCUCCGUCUGAGGAGAGACUGUCUCCAGGCCAACAGCCCCCGUCUCCCUGUGUUAAAGGCAGCCAAAGGGUGGUCACCCUGGCACAGCACAUCAGCGAGGUGAUAACAAAAGACUACACCAGGCAGAGCCAGCAGCAGCAGCAGCAGCAAAGCUACCACGGCUCUCCUGUCCUGGACUUGACCCGUCCACCCAGUGCCUCCCAGCCCCCACCCAUUUCACAAGAGUCUGCCCAAGGGUCCCGCUAUCAAGAGGGCCUUGGUGGAGAACGUAACAGAGACCGGUCUCCCCCUCAGCCCAAGACAUCACCCGUCAGCGUUUCAAAUGACGGCAUUGAGCCAGUGUCUCCUGCUGGAGCUGGCUCUGAGCCUGAAAGCCAGGGAGGAGCCUCCUACCCCAGCGAGCAGGGAGAGCAAGGAAUGGGCUCCCGUUCUCCUCCCAACACCUCUCAGCCUCCAGCGUUCUUCAGCAAGCUGACUGAGAGCACCUCAGCUAUCGUGAAGUCAAAGAAACAGGAAAUGAUCAAGAAAAUGACCGUGGUGGGAAAUGACAGUGAUUUCAAUUCUGGACAGCCAGGAACAGAAAUCUUCAACAUGCCAGCAUCGACCACUGCAGGACCCGUGAGCGUCCGCAGCCACCCAGUUCAAGAGGCACCUGGUAACUCAAUAGGCCUGGAGGCCAUCAUAAGAAAGGCCUUAAUGGGCAAAUACGAUGAUCAGCCAGAGGAACGCCCUCCAUCCAACGCUGCUAACCAGAUGGGUUCUGGUGUGUCUGCCGACGGACGGCUUGAGGACUCUUUCUCACAAGGCGGGACAAAGUCCUCAAAGAGCAGUGGACGUUCUAAUGGGCGCAAGGCCAAGUCUCCAGGACCAGGUCUGUCAGGGGGGGAGAGACCGUCCUCUGUGUCCUCAGUCCACUCAGAGGGAGACUGCAACAGACGAACUCCCCUCACCAACCGUGUCUGGGAGGACAGGCCUUCAUCUGCAGGUUCAACACCAACUCCCUUUCCAUGCAACCCGCUGAUAAUGCGUUUCCCCAGCGGGACAGUGUCUGCUCAUUCCCCCUCCUCUGGCCAACAGGGGGGCCAGGGCCCAGGGUCAGGACCUGGACAGGGUCGCUCCUGGGAGGAGGAGCCCAAGCCUCUGCUCAUGUCUCAGUACGAGACCCUGUCUGACAGCGAAUGACCGGAAAUGCCACUGUACACCAGGACCCGCUAACAGUCAACCACCUCUGAGCUGCUGCAGCCACACACACACACACAUAUACAUACACACACACCUGCCGAGGCAUCUGCAGACCUAGCCACACCAUUCCAACCUGCAUUUCCUCCAUUAGUCAUCAGGCAAGGAUUGUGCCCUCCUUUCACGCAGCGAUGAAGUGGAACACUGCUGCUCCCUGUGUGUGUCUGUGUGUGUGUGUAUGUUUGCACUUUCAUGUUAUGCAUUCACUCCAGGACUACUCUAAAGGACAAAUCACUUUUUUUUUUUCCUUUUUUUUUUUUUUUCUUUUUAAACUUUACUACUUUUCCUCACUGGCCUUAUCAAUAUAGACACAUUGACCUGCACCUAUUGGGUAUGUCGGUCUAAUGUGCUUACACUUGUGUGGAAGGGACUCUGAGGUCGUGCUGUCGGUCCGGUCAGGAGCCUGAUGAUGGCUGCUCCAGUGACAGAUAAUUUGGCCUGAGAGCAGCGGCCCACACAGCGAGGAACCUCGCAUGUUUCUUCAUGGUGAACUCCAGGUGCAGGCGGCCUGUGCACUGCUACCACUACGAGAAUACGUGUGGCGGGACAGGAGGAGAAUCGACAUCUUGUUUUUUUUUUUGGUUUCGGUUCUUUCUUUUUCUCCUUUUAAUUCUGUCAGUCCAGUCCUGUGUUUGGUGAGCUGAGACCUUUAGUACAUUUUGAUGGUGAACUUUUGAUGGUGUCAUUUGUUGUCUCUCUUAUCUGCAAUGAUGUAUCUUUUUGGGGCCGGGGUUGGGGGGGCAGAGAUGGUUAUGCGGGAGGGUCAUAUCAUUGGUUUACAGGGUAAACAUGCUGUUCAUUGCUGAUGUCAUCAUAUAUUAAGGAGGGCCCUGGAGAAAGGCAAAGCCCUGCUGACUUCAGGAAUCCACUUGGGGAGAGAUGAUUUGCCAGAUGGAUGGCACUGAGACAAGUGACACUUUCUCACUGUUUUUAUAUUAACCAUGUCUGUGUUUGUUGAAACAAUUUUUGGAUAUUAAGCACUUAGUUGUCAAUCUGUUCACAAUGGCAUUUUUAAGAAUCUGUGUUUCCUGGGGCAGGUGAAAAACGGACUCAAGAAAAGCAUAGAAAUCCCACUGUGGAGGUAUCCUUUAACACCUGUCUGUUUAUUUUGGUCUUGCCACCUACAUUCUUUAGCGCUCCCACACUCAAAGCGACAAUCACAUUUUAGUGAACGAUGAAUAAGCCGCUUCGAGCAGGUUGCAGACCGACCUUAAAGCUGCUUAAAGGCAAAUUCCACAGCAUCACUCGGAGUUUCCUUGCAUUAAAGAGGUGAAAAAACAAAGCCAUCUAUGACCCUUGGUCCACAGCAGCGUUGGCUUCAGCUGGCCUGCCAGAAUCCCGUCUAGGAGCUGUUGUGACGGUCUGACCUCUGACCUUUUACUGCCCAGCAGAGGCACUGAGACUCUUCAUCCAGGCAGAUUUUGUACAGUUAUGAGAUAUUCCUAGUGUUAAGUGCCAUUUAUUUUACAUAUACAAUACUGAAGUUACCAAGUGACGCACAAUUUUUCUUUUAGCCCCCCUAACCAGGGUUCAUACUGUCCACACAGGGAAAUCUAAAACAAAAAGCAAAUGAAACAUCCUGUUUUUUUGUGUGUUUUUGUGUGUGUGUUUUUUUUUUUUUUCCAUUUUUUUCCAAAUCCGUCACUGCCUUAGCUUUUAACUGCUUCACUCAAUAAAUUUAUCCUUUAAGCAAGACAAAACAGUGUCACAGGACAGCUUACCUGGACCUGCACCAGACAUUUUCUUCACUAAGAGAUCAGUGAAACUACUUCAAGUGUACUUCAUUGACCUUCUGUUAGCACUGGUUAGACGGAGUUGAGGGCAAUGCACUUGAAAGCAUUCAGGCAGUUUUAUGUACCAUCACUUGACGUGUUCUCACAUUGCAGUAUUUCAAAGGUCACGCAAUCGGUUUUAGUGGUUUAGAAAGACUCACCUCUAUCUCUAGUCCAUUUUGUCACUGUGGGUUCUCACAACACAAACAUGACUGUUAUCGGACUACCUCCUCUCCCUCCUUCAUGCUACCUGUCGAUGGUGAUGCAUCUCACAUGCCUUACCUGCAGAAAGCUCAUCUCAGCCAUUUUUUAGGUUUUUGUUUUUUUUAUCAACACUGAUGGAGAGUUUGUAAUUUCAGGCAAAGCAAAAAUACAGCCAGGCUUUGUACAUUGGUCUCUCUGCGUGUAUAUCAUUUAUCCACUGAAAAAGUUCAAGAAUGUGACGCUAAACAGACUAAGCCAUAUCCAGCUGUCCCCUAAACCGAUGACUAAUAUGUUGUUUUUAAAAAGUAUACUGAAAUGAAUUUUAACAUGCAUCCUUUUCGUUGUUUGUCCGGUGCACACACGUGUCAUUAUAAAGCAAAUUAAUCACUCAAACCUAACAGGACAAAGUUGAUUGCUGAUGUGUUCCCUGGACUGUCCAACGGUGGGUGGGUUGGGGGGGAGGGGGGGAUUGACAAACAAUACAUUGUUCAACCAUUUUGUGCAUAUUUUUUUUUUUUUAUUAUUAUAACCCACUGUAUAAUAGCAAGGAUUGUAUAUACAACUGAAGAGAUGUAAAUAUUUAUGUGGCUUGCUUCAAGGUUGGUAUUACAAAAAAAAAAAAAAAAAAAGAAAUAUUCACAUGGUUAAAUUCUACAUGCCCACCAGCAAGCUUUGUGGAUAGCAGUGUAAAAAUGAAAAACAAAAAAGACACUGCCUUAAUGUUUAAAUAAAAAGCUUAUUGCCAUU